AUGAUCGUCCAGUCGGGUUCGUUGUGCGUGCUACUAGUGGUGUUGCUCGGUACUCUGUUGGUGAAGUCGGAACCCGGACCACGGCCGCGACCAACGCCGAUCUACUCCAACCAGUUCGCGGUCCACGUGCCUGAUGGGCCGGAUGCUGCUGCGGACAUAGCGGCCAAGUAUGGAUUCGACAACUAUGGACAGAAGAAGAAAUCGAGGCUGAUCGAUUCACAGCACAUCGUCAUAAUCCUGAUCGUGUUCUCGCUGAUCAUGUUCGGCAUGAGUUUCGCCUUCGUCUUCAACUGCGUGAGGAAGCUAGUCCGGGAUCAUCGAAUCAUUCGGGAACACAUCAGGCAGUCGAGGGAAAAUCGAUUAGACGAGCUAGGUCGUAAGGCAACACCGUGUCCAAUCUCUUCCUCGAGGACGGACAUCAGAGACCGAGGCAGCGGCUCUCCCAGUCUCGAAGUGAUCCCGAGCAAAGAACUUCUACCACCUACGACGCUAAUAGCCCAAGACUACGCGAAAGACUUGGUGCUGGAGAUGGCCUACAACACGAGGGACAUGAACGACAUCCAUCAGAGCAACAACGUCAGCAACGCGACUCAGGAACGCCUGCAAGAGACGAGCGACGAGCCAGAGAUGCGCGACAAUUCUUGUCAGACGCGGGAGAGCCUCUUCGAGCCGAGAAUCCCCGACAACGUGAUGGGAUUCACGACGUUCGGUGUCCGUGGACAAGGCUCGCAGAACGGGACCAAUCAUCUUCACCAUCAUCGUCACCAUCAUCUGCAUCACCAUCAGAGUCCACCUCAGUCGCGUCAAAGCUCUCAGACGUCUCAACAAAGUACGCAUUCCCAGCAGCAAGGUUCUCAAUGCUCGGGCUGUAGUCCAGCGUCGAGAGGCAGAGACGGAAGUAUGGGUAUUUGUCCUAAACACAACCCUAUUCCAGCACCGCCUGGCUGGUCAACUCACGAAUCCAGCUAUCCGUUGAGCAUGCAUCAAGGCUCGCCUUACCCGGAACCGCCGGAUUAUCCGUCGUAUCAGAGGUUUCAAAGCCCGAAGCCGAGCAGGGAAAACAGUGCCUACCGUGACUCGCCGAAAUUAUUGAGACAGGGUACAGUUGGUUCUGGCGAAAGGUACGGCAAUUCGAUCUACGGAUCCGGCCACGGAUCUGGCAAUACGACGAGCACCCAACACUCGAGCACGUCAAAGUGCCCCCAGCAAACCACUCCGGACCCAAGGUACAGAGCAGAAGCGGUGAUAGAAGUGGAUCAGAGGCGACCUUUCAGUAUAGAGAGCACAAAGAGCGCGCCCGACGUGAUCGCGACACACUGA